UCCUAAUUAGUCCUCCUCUCCCCCAUCAAAGACGUGAAAUGCUUUCAGCUCUUGCCCAAAAUGCAGGGAUUUCCCUAAAUCAGCCCCUCAUCAAUGUUAGACUUUUCAUUUUUCCUGUUUUUGAAGGAGAGAGAGAGAAGUGCACAGAUGAUAUCCUUUACAAACUUUUUUGUAAUACCUCUUGAGGAACUAAUUGUUUAAUCCAACGCGCACCUGCUGUAAUUCCUCUGUAACAACGCAAGCACACAUACAAAGGAUACAGCAAACUCCUCUACAUGAAUUGUUCGCAGGAUGGCGACAGCAGAUGAUCACCAAGCACAAGGAGUAAAAGCGGACGACAGCGCAUAUGAAGGUUUCUUUGCAACUACUGACCUCCAGCCCAGGGAGGUAGAACGACGAAAACAAGACCAAAACUGGGACAUACUGCAGUCUGAGGGCAAAAUUUCUUCCAAAACGUUGUCCCUAUCUAACUGCGACCUUAAGCAACUACCACGUGAGGUUCUACAUAUGACAGAGCUCAGCAGACUGUACCUGACCUACAAUGACUUGGGCGAGCUGCCUGAUGUCUUCUUCAAGCUGAAAAACCUGACCAUCCUGAAUCUGGGCUUCAACAUUUUUCGGCAUAUUCCGCCUGUGAUUUUCGAGCUGAAAAAUCUGGUGGUACUGGUCAUGAAGAACAAUGGGGUGACACAUGACCGAAUAGGCAAAGGUAUCAGCCGGUUGACAAACCUGGAAGAAAUCUACCUGGACAACAACAAGCUGGAGGCAUUUCCAGAGAAACUCUGUGACCUUCCAAGGUUGAGAAUCCUGCAGCUUUCCAAUAAUGCCAUUUGCAAGAUUCCAGACAGAAUCAGCAAAAUGAAGAAGUUGCAAUAUCUCAACAUGCGAUCUAACCGACUGACGGUGGUUCCUAAAACUGUUGGAGAGCUACAGUCCCUAGAAAUGGCUUGCUUUGCCCAGAACAUGAUCCACACAUUCCCGUUUGAGAAGGUGGAGAAACUCAAGAGACUCCGUGACCUCUGCCUGUAUGCCAACAGACUCAAAGACAGAGACAAAAUUGAGCAGUGCAUGCACCUACUCGCCAAACAGGAGGGAAUGCUGCGUGCUGAGGAGAAUCGAUGCUACCUUCCCAGGCUUGGAGGGGUGUGUGAUGGCCCUUUCAAAGUGUGGCAGCAGGACAUUCUGUGGAUCCGUGACAACGAUGUGAAAGUGGUAGCCUGGGUGCACGAUAUGGCAGAGAGGCUCGAAGACAACCACGUCAUUUCAAAAAAGUGCAAACCAAACAGGUCUGCACUGCCAACUCUGAUGAGGAACAGCCGGAUCGUGUGCGUAGUGUGCACCAAGCAGAUGUUUAAGAGGCUGGAGGGGGAUGAAGACCCGGCAGACGCCAUCAGGAGAUACCUGAGUCAGAGCCCAGAGCACACCAUCAUGACCGUGGCUUACGAGGCCACCGGGAUCCACACUCUCCUGAUGCCUGAUGGCAGGCCAAAUUUCCACUUGCAGCGGACCUCAGAUGAUGACGGUGACAAAGCGCUGUUCUGCAAAUUGUUGGAUCAUGUGAAGAAUGCCCCUCGAAUCCGUACGCCUUGAGAAAGAGCUGGGUGGCAUUCAAAACCAACGAUUCAAGCCUUCUACUAAAACUACUACUAAAAUGGAAUAUGUAAGGAGGCCAAUUCACCCUCAAAGUUACUUACAAUUAUGUCUGAUCAGAAUUGUACACAAAUUCCCCUGGGCAGUGUGUACCUCUUAUCGUACAUGGUCAAACGUGGUCAACAUGAGCAGAUUAUUAUGUGUCAUUCCAGUACCUGUGCGUACUUCCAUAAAGUUUUGCUUUUGUUUGCAUGAAUUUUCAGACCUUGAGCUUGUAAACAUAAUUCCGUGACUCUUCCAGGUCAGAGGAACCCUGCUGUCCUCAUCUCUCUGACUAAGAUUCUCAUGCUCUGUUGCUCUACUUUAAUUUACAUCAGGAGGAUUUUCAGGACCCUGGCAAAAAAGAAAGCACUUCACACAGUGAAAGAUUUCAGAAGGUUCAAGUGAAAGUGCCGGGGGAGUUACAGUUAAACAUUCCCCUCAAGUUUGCAUCAGUUGAUUUUCAAAGAUUUCUGAAAAUUGCGCAUUAUUGUGUGGUCAGGAAAAUCUGACGACAAGAGAGUGGCAAAAUACGAAAUCCUUUUGAACAGAUCUAUUUUAAGAUACAUUUAUGAUCUUGAAAAGGAUCAUUGUGCCAAGCAAAACAAAAUGAAAAGCAUAAACAAUUUAUGGCCUUUUGGAGAGAAAUGACAACAAAAAUAAUGGCUUUUCAACAGAGACUGAAGAAAAGCUUCAAACAGGACUCCAAAUGCUUUGUUAGAUUUCAACAUGGGGAUUCACAUUUCUGAAAUAUGAUCAUUUAAAUUUGGAACAUUUUAUUCAGUUUGACUGCUGUUGUAAGUGGAUUACGUCUACAUCAUGUGACUGUCUCUGAACACUUUGUAAGGAUUUAAAACAGGAAUUGACAUUAAGAAAAUUGGAUGUACUUAGACUUUGAAUGUUGUAAACAAAAACUGACUUUUGCAUUGACUACAAUUGUGUGAGACAAUUUAGCUGGUUUGCUGUGCUGCUUGCAUGUUCUGUUUCAUGAAGAAAAUGCUUAAUAGGAUGUUAGGUGUGCAUGUUGUUUAGCAGAGCAAACACUUUAGACACUUUGUGUUGUCAAAAUGGACUGUUCUGAGCAGGAUGUUGCGAUGUAGAAAUUUCCCGUUUACAGUGAUUGCAGAAUGUUUGGAAGUGAAUAUUCCUUGGCACAAGUUGAAGUUUGUGCUGCUGUACAAGUAACAGAAAAAUUAUCCUUAGACUGUUAGAGUUUGGGGUAAAUUUCAGCCAUUUUCCCCUUCAGUACAUGGCCCUUCCAGGCAAAAUCAAUCUGGAACUUUCACAGCAUAUAUUUUGGCACAUUUUGUACAAAGAAACAUCACAAGAACAGAGAAAACACAGUGUGACAGAAAACACCCAGUAUUGUAUUUUGGUUGUAUCUUCAUCUCAAUCUCUGCCCUUGGCCCAAAUUCAUAACACUGCUCAGCAGCCGAUUUUCUGAUGUCGGAGCCUCUGUCUAUAUUUUGGAGCAAGUUAAGCAGUUAGCACAGCAAAAGAAACUUAAUCCUGAAGGGAAAGAUACAUGUAUUUAUGCAAACAUCCCAACCAAGAAACAGCGCUAAGGCAGCAGGAUGAUUUCUGCUAGGGUAAGCACAUCAUUUUGCUGUUUUAUUUAACAGUGGUAUGAAGUUGGGCUAGCAGUUUCCGACAACACAUCAAAGUUGUGUUUAAAAUGUGUUUCAUGACCACGUUUUGUUUUUGUGCAGUGGUGACUUGGAUGAUUGCAUUCAAGUAACAAUGGAGGUAAUGAUGAGCUUUAUUGGGAAUUUUUUGAUAAAUGAGAAUGGCUUCAAACAAAGCAGAAAGGCUAGUUUUAAGAAAAAUGUACAUGUACAAUAAUCAAUAUUGAUUGCUGUGAAAAACUGAUUACAGCUGUUUCUAGGUAGAAUGGACCACUUGCAACUAUCAAAACAAUAGCUGAUCAAAUUGGCUCAAAGAAAGUAAUGUCUUAUGCUAUUACUUUGGAAGUUAGAUUGGAUUUUGAACAGGAUCAUUAAGUAAAACUGACAAAACAUGACAAAGUAACUUGUGAAUUGAUAAUAAUACCCAUAAAUACUGCUUACCGGUAGUAUGGUUUCAUUCAAUCUGUAUUCAAUUAUUUUAAUUUCAAAACUUCAUUAAGUCAAUGAUAAUAAUUUGGCUUUGAUAAUGACAAUUUCAUAAUGGGUUUUGCCCUUGCAAUAAUGUGUAUAUCCACAAUGAGCAAGCUUGUGAUUUUUUGGUAACUCUGAGAACACACUGAGCAUACAGCACUUGUGAAUAUAAUUUCCCAAAUAUGAUGAAGUCCUAUUUUGGUACGGUACCUUCUAGAAGCCCACCCUCUCACAGUUGCCUACAGUCAGUUUCAACAGGUUUUAUACAGUGCAAUGCAGCUUCAUGAGUCAAUACAGCGCAAGAUGAGGUUUAUGGACACCUGGUACUCUUUUUUAUUGAAUAAGUUGAAUAUUUUAUCCUUGUGGAAAAACUGCAUGACUUUUGAAUAGAUGCGUACAUGUACAGCAUAUCACAUUUGGGAGUUCUUGCAUUUGGCUUUGCACGGGACUCUGCACUUAACAAUCCAACUGACUUCC